AUGCGAGUCGUAGGACCGGAGUCGCCGAAUUGGGUCAAGGUGUGCAUCAUCAAGAAUCGAGAAGCCUUGAAGGAAAUGCAAGCUGCGGUUGCUGCGGGGAAAGGGAAAGGAGCGACAGGAGUAUGGCUUAGAGAUUAGACUUUUUUUUGAGCAAAAAUACUAGAUUUACGAGGUCCUCUUCUAUUGAGCAUCUCCUUUUAAAAAGGAGUGUCUAUAAUUCUACAUCACCACAAUCUUCGUCUUUAAUUUCGUGUCUCUGGUGGUACCGCGGCGCCGACGACUAUGGUGCGGUCUCGAAGCGGCAUGCAUUUAUCCGUCAAAGACGUUCUUCCUAAACAGUUAUGAAGAAUGAGAAUGGAUUCUAAAGAUGAAGGACCUACUUUGUAGUAAGUACACGACUGCUAUAUCUGUUCUCUUUGUAGUUCUUGAAGUCACUCAGCUGGAGCUUUGCAAGUGGAUUCUACAAGAUACUUCUAUCGUCUACCCUGAUGGUAUCUGAUAUAUUUUUGCCGAAUAGAUUCGCAUCGUCAUAUCGUCCCUACUGGAGUUUAAAAACCCGUCUACAAAUACUCCGAGUAAAUACUCGCGAACUUGUUUACUCGGAGUAGUUGUAAUCAACUACUUUCUUUCCUACGAAGGAUCCAUGACCUAACCUAACUCCUAGGAAAGAAAGAUCGCUUCUCCCUUCAUACAAAGACGACGCCUCCAGAGACACAACGAGUAGCACAGCACCAUCGCAAGAGAAGGCAGAGGCGCUGGCUGGUGGGGAAUUGCUGCAGACCUCAGAUCCGGCUUUUCUUAACAUUAAGACUUAUAAAGAAACUCACCUUAGUCUUACUUUUACUAGCCAGCAUCUUAGGCCUCUUUCUCAAGGGAAAAUGGCCUCCAGGAAUAGUUUAAAAACUUGCGCGAGACUCACCGUGACGAACAAUCACGACGCCAUUAGGUCAGUCUGCACUGAUCUGCGUGCGAGAUUUAUUGUAUUGCGCUACUAUUCUAAGGUCAAGAUGGCUAUGGUGGAUGCCGUCUCGCACUACGAGAGUAUGUAAUCUCCUCCCUACACAUACUGUAUUGCGUUGUAUGCUCCGGAGGCUGGAUUUCUCCAGGCUCUAAUAACAAUCUUGACGCUGAUGAAGAAACCAGGAACAAAGCGGAAACGGGUUUCACAAGAAAGCAGGCGAGAAAGUUCGUUCAGAUGAUUAAGGCUGGAUGUUGUUGAAGGUGGUCAUUGGUUUUCUUUGGUUUUACUACAGUUUCAGGUUCUUGGCCACAUUGGGCUCACUUCUUACUUGUAUUCAAAAAGCGGCUUCUCGCGCCGUUAUUUCCAUUUCUUGUCCUCUACGUGUUCCUGGUAACACUUACAUACGCAUAGUUCUUGUACGCGAGGGUGCAUCUUUUCUAAAACCUUGGCAGAAGCAAAGCGUGUGCGCCUGGGCGAUAUCAUCCUGGAGAAGUACAUUGACAAUUUGGUUUCUGAUAGUAAGCUUCGACGAGUUUUGCAACUGCCGGAGGUUUUGGAAAGAAAAUUGUACUACGAUAUCGUGCGAACGACAUUGCAGAUUUUUGAGAUCGUGAUGCUUGGCUUAGACGGUGCGGAUGUCGUGGGGCAUCAGGUAUAAGCUUUUUUGGUAGUGGAAUUUCGGAGCAAGCAGGCUUGGGCAUUUAUAAGACAGGUAGCAUCAGCCGCAAAGGGCGGCGUGGAGGUGCGCUGGGAAUGAUGCGGCCCCGCGCACGAGACGAGGCUGCGCCUCGUGCCCGUGGGGGCAUGGUGGCUACUCGUGAGGAGAUGGGACCGGGGUAGGUCCCGGCGGGAAGGACGAGAGAAGCCGGGCCCAGCAGGAAGGCGGGCGCGGACCUACUCAAAAGGCGGCGCUGGUGCGCAUCGGGGAAGAGGCCAGGCUCGCCGUGGGGGUGGAUUGGCCUGAAGAGUUGGCCGCUGCGGCGUUUCGUUUCAACAGUCGCUCCGCGGCAUCGGUUGGGGCGUCAGCCUCCACGAGCUGCCACACCUUAGGCCGAAGCGUGACUUACGAAGUGACGGAGGCACACCCAAGCCCGGGCGUGCAGCUGCAAAGAAACGCCCGGGCUGGCUGGUGUGUUUUGGGCAGGCGAUCACGCUUGAGAAAAUGGCACACAGGCUUCGCCGAGAGCUUUUGCAAGUGUGCACUGUUGUGCCCCAAGGGAGACCCUCCAGACCGAUGAGGAGGGACGCGCGGAGAGGCUUCUGGAGGCGAUCGCACCACAAUGACACAGGGGGCGAGCUGGGCAGUGCAGUCACUUGCUUUGUUUUCCCCGUCCAGAAACUGCACAGCCCGGAGAGGAUCUAAGAAGGGCAGAAAACGCGGGAACUUCGCCGACCAGGAAAGAGGGCCCCACCUCAAGCAAGGAAGAAUCUGCCAAAGCUUCUCCAAAGGAGCAGCCAACCAGAGGGAGCUGUGGGUGACGCUCUCAGGGGGCCACCGCCUUGCCUUUGCUCGGGCGCGCGGCGGCGCGAGCUGCCGGGCCUUUCCCCAGGCGGGGGGCGCUGCGAAGUGGCAGCGUAUCUCCUCCACCAGCGUGAGAGACUGGCCUGAAACAUUUUGGGUGUCUCUUUCUUGAGCUGGCCGGAGGUGGGGGCGCUAAGGUAGGAGCUGGUGCUCGUCUUGGUCUGUCAGCGGCGCCGGUGGUGCCAGUUUGUUUCUGCUGGUGCUAGAUUUUGGACGCCAAGCGUGACUGCGCCGGCAUGAAUGUAGGGGAGCCGCGCUGCCGUGGUGUCUGCGGCCCAGAAACCUACCUGAGCACAGGAGCCAGACUAGCGUGACUGCCAACCGAGGGGCGCAUCACGCAGCGCGUCGCUCCUGGCUUUCUUAUCAUUUUACUUCGGCCGCUCGCUCGCUGCCUUGCUCGUUGCAAGCAAGCGCGCUCCGGCUGGGGUGGGUGGAAAGAGUUAUCUCACUGGUGGCGCGGCUCAGGGCUGGCUCCAGUCGUUGGCUAGGUUUUGCGUUUGGUAUUGUGGCUUGUCUUCUAACAUCUCAGCCUGGUGCUUUCGGUGUCUUUGGUGGUGUCUUUAUUUUUGGCGCCACCUGCUAUGUUCUCUCGCUUGUUGUUCUUUCUUUUGUCUAAAGAAAGGUCCAGCUUCUUGGUAAAAAAUGUUGCCUCUUCCCUCAGGUUGCCGUGAAAUUCAGACUCCAAGAAUAUGGGGAAGAUGAAAACACUACGAAACUCCUCCAACCUUGGACCAGUGUGAAUCAAAGUAGAGUGGAAAAAGUAAUCCGACAUCAUGUCGAACGCACGGAGUCUUAUGGCAGUCUCUUCAGUAUGAUAUUCAAAUUGUUUGUUAUUGUUUCUUACAUUCGUAGAGGGAGAGAGACUAUUUCCAAGUGAAGAAUGCUUGUUGCUCCACUUCCAACAUUGCAACUCUGUCUUCUAAUGUUAGCUGAAGAAGAUCCCUGUGGGACUUCCGGGUAGCGAGUUGGAGACCGAUUUCAUUGUGAAUAUUUCCCGAAUAGUGAUGCACUUAAUGACCGACCUUUUUUGCGAUUCGAGGAUCCAUAUCCGAUUGCUUGGCCACGAACUGAAAUGGGUGGCGGAACCCAUGCCAAGGGAGGAGCUGGAUAAGUUCUUGGCUGAAAGACCGGCAACGCCAAACAAGGAGUCCUUCAAUCCAAAGGCGGUCAAGCUUUUUGUUGGUACUACUGUUUUACUAGUUCGAUUUCGAUCGUUGUGUGUUUGUAUACUCUAGUCCUAUGUUGACCACGGGAUUCUUAUAUCACAGAAAUUGAAACAAGAGAAAGGAGAACUUCCGCAAGCAUAGUUUUAAGAAGAAGAACAACAUCAAGAGGAAGCAUACAGUUGUAAUAUAACCACCACUCAUCUCAGAGGAGCUCCUUUCUUGUGACGAUACCAAUAUCGUCUGGGUUCCGGACAGCGUAGAGGCCAAAGUCUAUGAGCACGUCCUCACGACCGUCAUGUGCAUCAUGGAAGAGGUCCUGAGCAGCAGUGAGAUUAGUAUCAUGGGACUGCGAUUCCGGUUCUCGCUGAUUUCGUUAAGGCUGAUUCCGGUCUCGCUCUUACCCCAAUCUCUCUUCAUGACCAUCCUGGAGAGUCUUUUCCUGGAGAGUCUUCUCCUGGAGAGUCUUUUCCUGAAGAGUCUUAUCAAGGAGAAACCAGGCUCAUCAGGAUGAACUUCAAAAUGGGAGAUUUUUAGGGUGAGCAGGUCUAAUUUUCGCCGUAUCUUCCUUGAAAGCGGCAGAGAUGACGAAGUAUGUGGCAGGUGUAGGAGAUGUGACUGGCGGAUCGGGGAGCUUUGUGACGAAUGGGAGUGCGAGUGGAAAAAAAAGUUAUGGAGGGGACAACCUAGUAUAGGUGUAGGUGAAAGCAUCACAACAUCAUAAGAUCAUAUAAGAUAUUGAUAUACUCGAUUAUGAUCGCAAGCUCCAAUUCCCAAAUGGUAGAAGCAACUAUUCCACUGGCCGCACCACUCCACCUGCUUCUUUACUAGGUGGAACGGCAGGAAGCACCGAUGGUGAUGCUGCGCAUUUUGCUUCUGAAGACGUUACCCCUAUUUUAUGGGUAGGCUAAAGGUGCUUUUGUUACCGUUUGUUAUGGCUCUCCUAAGGGGGACAGCCAUAACAAGCGGGAUAAACGAACACCUCCAAAAACCUACCUCUAACUAUUGUUUUUGGCUCAGAACCCUCGAUGCGGCAAAGAUUGGCCGACUUGUACUUAAGGGUUACCGAGUCGCAUCCUUCACUACCAUUCUUGACGUAUUUUCCAAUAGGAAAGAAGUCAAUGAUGAUCUGAAGAAUGUAAUUGCGCAACCCCUAAUGUACAGAGAAGCCAGCGUCUACGAGAAGCUACUCCAAGAACCUGGCGACUCUUUAGUGAUGCCCUAUAAAGCGACCCCGGAGGACCUCCAAGCAACAGCAGGAGGACCAGAACAAUCAGGUUCAUCGGGUGGAGGUUUGUCUGCAUCUGCAAGUAGUGCCGCUAGUUCUUUAGUACAACAGCCCAGUGCAUUUGUGAGGAGGAUCAGUGGGGCUAAUAGCUUAGCUCCUGACCACUCUAGUACAGCUGCACAGGAUCAUGUUUCAACUACGUCUUCCGCAACCUCAUCUACUGACACCGCAACAAGAGUCCUGCGGCGUACUCCUUCGGUGAGUAGUUUGGCGGACCAAACAAGAAGAGAGUUCCAGAAGUUGGCGGCACAAGAUCAAUUGUUAAGAAUAGAUUCAAAUCAUUUCUUUGUAGAUUAACUCCAUAGAGGUAUACAUAAUCUUCUAAUUAUACCAUACCUCCUCAUCCUCAACACCAUACAUUAAAUAUUAUCUCCUCAUCCUGAUCCUCAACACCAUACAUUAAAUAUUAUCUCCUCAUCUUCUAAGCCCCGCCCGCUUCCUCCAGGUGCGACGAAUGCUACCCAAUUUCCCGAUUGAAGUGCCUUUCAGGAUGAUAAAGGACGUGGAAAGGUACAAAGACUGGAUGCCUAUGUGCACCGGUGGCGAGAUAUUGGAGAGAGACCACGGCUUGGUGAAGAAAGUGCAAGUGGCGUUUGGGAUCGACACAAAGACUUUUUUGGGGGUACUAUUGAUAAUCCAUCUAUCUCAUAACAUCCUGGUAGAACAUCCUGUAUUCUCCCUUCAAAAGCUGAGUACUCAAAUGAAGCCUCUAGGACUCUCCACCUAGUAGAUAAUUACAGAGUAGUUUAUAGCACGCAUGGUGUAGGGAGUAGCAUGGAGGGCAUGGAGCGCAGACCUCUAAGGGACGCAAGAGGCGUCCCCUGCGAUCCAUGCCAUGCGAGCUGGCAAACCUCACGAAUUACUAGUGAGGGGCUUUACUAGAAUUUACUACAGCACUACGUAUGUAUCUACUCUUCAAUCACAGGAGCUUCGAGAUUGUUGCUUUAGCAUAACACUGCACAAAGAAUUCACAACCUAACAAGAUGAUCUUGAAACAAGAAGAUCUAACCUAACCUAGCACAAGAGAGCAAGGGCGAUAUCACACGAGCCCACAGCAGAUUGUUGUCGAGUACGUAGCACUUCAGAAAGAAUUCACAGCAUGAAUCUUGAAACAAGAAAAUGUAACCACCUAUAAACUGUAGGUCCUCGGCGACAACGUGACCUACGAAAUAAGCGUAGAAGAGCCGCAGCAAGUCAAAGGAGGCGUGUGGGAAGCACGGGUUGUAGCAGACACUGGCGCUAUUAAGGCUACCGCUGAAGCAUCCUCACCAUUAUCCUUGGCUCUUUUUCUACUUGAAAAGGAAGCCAAGGUGGAUGCUCUCAGGGAUGCGACCGCGGUAGCUCUAACACUAAGGGAUUCGCAUAUGGAGAGCGCCUAGUCUACGAUUGGGUCUUCAUCAUGCGGCCAAGCAAGCAGAAGGGAUCAUCUUCUGGAUCUGAUGGUGCUGGUGAGUCUUCUUUAGAUGGCGGCAGCUACGAUACUGAGGUUUCGUUGAAUCUUUUUCUUAAAGUGAAUUCGGUGUUGUACUUGCCAAUCUGGGACUCGUUGCAGAAGGUGUUGACCCAACAAAUGCUCCAAGCUUUCGAAAAACAUGCUUCGACUAUAAGCGGUGGUGGUGGUGAGAGUGGUGGUGGUUCUGGUGCUAAAGCAGACACAAAAGGAGGGGAUGGAGCUUCAUCAAAGGAGAAGUGAGGAAACAGUUGUUUGACCAUGCCAUUAUUAGGCAUUGAAUUACACUCCGUACAUUAGCUACAAGGCAUAGACAGAAAACAGUUCUUUAUAGUUUUACCCUUAGGAAAUAGUUUUACCCGAAAUGGAAAUACUUUGACUUACACAUCGUUGAAGCACAAGAGGUGGCAGUGGACUCGCCAGCGGUGUUACAGCCUUUUGCUACAAGGCUUUUCGAUCAGAAUUAGUUUUUCCAAGUCGGUCAUUCUGAUUCUUCG